AUGCGCGAUAUAAUAAUCAUUCUGCUGUUCCUGCAGACCCUUAGAUCGCUGCAGGGGCAGAUGCUACCGAAGGAAAUUAAAAAGUGCCACUUUGGAGAAUCUCAGUGCAUUGUGAAUUCUAUGAAUGCGUUGAUAAAGAAGUAUCCCAGAGGAAUACCAUCGCUGGGACUGAAGCCCAUCGAUGUGGUGGACAUCAGGAACUCCAAGUUCUGGAACGAUGAGAAGGUCGGUGCGUUCUGGCUGACGUUCGAUCUAUUCAAUCAAGUGAACUAUGGCUUCGAGAACACGACGAUCACAAAGGUAAGUGGGUUCGAUGAGAAUCCCACCUCCAGCCUGAUCGAAAUCCACGGCAGGAUCCCCAGCCUUAUCCACAAGGGCAGUUAUUUAUCUCAAGGAAGAGUGUGGAUUGUCGAGCUGAAUUCGACGGGAGAAUCAUUUUCGGAUUUCCAGAACUUUCGCUUUGUCCUCAAGCUGAAAGUUAUCAUGGAGUAUAGGAAUAACAAGAGAUAUUUGAAGAUCUACGAGCUAAAUCCCUUUGUGAACAUGGACCGAUGGGUGUUUUGGCUGGACAACUUUUUUGAAUCGAACACGGAUAUGACGAUAGCCAUAAACCAGGUGUUCAAUGUGCAUUGGGUGGAGUUUUGGAACGAGCUCGAGCCCAAAAAUCUUAAGAUAUUCGCUAGUGUUUUCCGCGAUUUAUUUGAGGAUGUCUUCAAAAUGAUCUCCUACGAUGACAUGUUUUUACCGGUUACCCAAGAGUCUGAAGUAAAUGAUUAAAGUCGGUUAAAGUUA